AUGAUAAGCGCCGCACGAUCAAAAUUUUCCAUCACCAAACUUGGGCAGUUAGAUCAACCCGACAGUUCGGGUCCAUCAUUCAAAGAAGUAGUAAAGCGUACCCGAGAGCUUGGGUCCGCUUAUAAAAGAAAUGACUUUCAAAAAUGUCUUUAUUUGCUGAAAUAUGCUAAAAAGCAUAGUAUCGAUGAGAAUGAACGAUUGAAAAUUUUGGCAAAUACGAGUUUAUGUGAAGCGAAAUAUAAAGGUCGUAUUUAUCAUAUCGAAUACAGAAAUGCGAUUUUGGUGCUCUUUCCUGAGUUGAAGUCAGUUCAAGAUUAUUCGCUAAGGAAUGCCACAGAAGCUGUUGCAGCUUUCAAUUUGGCUUUAAAUGCAUUUGUGCGUGGACGCCGUAAAACAGCAAUCGAGCUUGUGCGUUCGAUUAUGGCAAUGGAAAAUUUACCUGAUGAUGUUUUCCUUGCCACUUCGUUGUUUGCAAUCGAAAUGAGUUUAACAUUGUGUCAACCUAAAUUAGCGCUGAAACAAGCUCAUCGCCUUCGUGAGAAUCCCAUUUGGAAAUGCUCUUGCGCGUCACAGCGAGAUUAUCUUGACAUUCUCGAAUAUAGAAUUCGUUGUAGACUUGCACAAACAGUGCCAAGUCUUGAUUUAGCUCGAAAACCUCAGACUAUACAUUAUUGUCUCAUACAAUCUGAAUUGGAUAUGAAAAAUGGAAAUGCUUCGAAGGCACUUCAGCGUCUUUUCAAGUCAGAAGAAUCAACUAUCCCUAGACACUGUCUCAUAUAUCAUGCUGCACUUACUCAGUUGCAUUCGGGUCAAGCCGGAUCAGCAUUUAAACUUUUUCUUGCGGUUCUUCCCUUCUAUCCUAGACAGCCUCGCAUAUGGCUGCGCUUAGCCGAAUGCUGCAUACAUGCAUUGCAGAAGAAACGCAGUGAAAAAGAAAACUCAAUCAAGAGAAUUGGUAUUGGACAUUUCGUUCUUGUAUCAGAAAAUGGCUUAAAUGAACAUCAAGCUGAGCUGCAGAAAAACGCUGAAAUUAGUUGGGAUUUUGCUGCACAAUGUGUGCGUAAUGCGCUGGUCCUUACAGAAGGCCAGAAUGAUUAUAUGUAUUUAUUGCCUUGGCUUUAUGCUGCAUCUGCUUUUAUUAAUCUUAAUCUUGAGCGUUAUGGAUUUGCUCUCCGUUCAGCAUUACAUUUGGCUAGGCUUCCUCAAGUAUCGCCGCUGCAUAAAUUUAUGGCAGUUCUGUUUAAGGCAGAAGCACUGGCUCAUUUGGAUAGAUUAUCAGAAGCAUUGGAUUGUUUGAAUCUUGCAGUACCAUUGCAAUCAAUUCCGAGGACCGUUUCAGCUCUUUUAUAUAACCGUGCUUGCUUACAAGCUUUGGCUGGGGAUUUGAAGUUUUCUCACACGCUUUUUGAGCAGAAAACGGAUCAUUUGUUGCCUGAAGCUUAUUCUCUUAUUGCUUACGUUAAUUUGAGUCUUGGGCACUACAGUGAAGCUAAAGAUGUGGCCGAAAAAAUGUCGUUAUCCUAA